AAAACCCCACCGAAAAUGGCGAAAAUCUUAGUUAAGUUGGGGGCGAGACUGAAAAAAGUGAAAAUGACAGCCGACAAGAGUGCGAUCAGCCCUAUGUUCGAGGUAGACGUCGUAAAGGCGUUCAAACGACGUUGGUACAUUCUCGCUAUGUACGUGUAUUAUGCCACUUUGAGUUGCUUCCAGUGGGUCGAAUAUUCCAUUAUUACCAACAUAGUGAUGAGGUACUACAACGUCUCCUCGAAAAUGGUCGAUUGGACCGGGGUCAUGUUUAUGAUCGUUUGGCCGAUCUUUGUUUUCCCAUCGUCAUUUUUGAUUGACAAAUUGGGUCUUCGGUUUGCCGCCCUGACCGGAUGUUUCCUAACAGCAAUCGGUGCCACAGUGAAGGUAUGCCUGGUACGACCCGAUUCGUUUUGGGUAGUCAUGGUUGGCCAAGCGAUAGUGUCGGUGUCACAACUAUUCACUUUGAGUUUGCCCCCAAAGUUAGCUGUCACAUGGUUUAAACCAAAUGAGAUCUCAACUGUAUGUUCUAUAGGAGUUUUUGGAAUGCAACUAGGUAGUGCAAUGGGAUUCCUAAUACCCCCGAUCAUAGUCGAAGAUGAUCCAAAUAUAGUAAAUGUUGGAAUCAGACUUAACUAUUUAUGCCGAGGACUAUCACUACUUUGUAUUCCAGCAUGCAUUGCCAUCGUGUGGUACUUUCCAGAUAUGCCUGCUUACCCGCCAAGUGAGGCUCAAGCAAUGGAGCGAAAAUCCAUGAAACAUGUUACUUGGACAACAUACAUGGGAUCUUUAAAGGAGCUGUUUACCAACAAAGGGUUUCUUAUUCAUACUUUGGCCUAUAGUAUUAGUUAUGGUAUUUUUUCGGCUUUUGGGACAUUGCUGAACCAGUUUAUUUUAUCAUACUUCCCGGGUGCUGCACAAGAUGCUGGAAGAAUGGGCCUCGUAAUGAUUUUAGUCGGCAUGUCCGGAGGUGUAUUGGCUGGAUAUGUGCUGGAUAAAACUCGGAAAUACAAGGAAACCAAUUUUGUUAUUUAUAUUGGUACAGUGGUGUGCCUUGGAGGGUUACUGGUCAGCUUGCAAAUGAAGGCCAAAUAUGUGGUAUAUGUUACAAUAGGAAUUUUUGGGUUUUUCCUGAACGCAUAUAUCCCUGCUGGUAUUGAAUUCGCUUCAGAACUUACGUACCCUGCAAAUGAAAGCACUACGACAAGUCUUAUUACUGCUGCCUCACAGACGUUAGGUGUCACAUUUACAUUGAUGCUAGGAGAAAUCAACACUAAAUGGGGUACAUUUUGGGCCAUUAUCAUCCAAAUAUCUUUACUUAUAGCAGGUUGUAUCCUAACCAUGUUUGUUCCCAAUAACUUAAGAAGACAAGCGGCUUUUAAUAAGGCUUUGAAAUUUACUGAAGUGCCUCAGCAUGAUCCUAACGACAGUGAAACGGUGUAGGAUUAAUUUAAGACAUUAAUGCUUAAUUUAUUUAGAGUCUGGAAAAAUAUCUGGAUUGUAAAAUUAUUUAUGACAGAAGACCGGGUAGCGUUAUUAUCUAUUUGUACCAUGUACAGAGAGAGAAAUAAAAAGAUCUGAACUUA